UCCCAAAGUGCAAAAUGAACAGCCCCAAACUAAACUUGACCUGUUGUCCUGCAGUUGCCCAAAAGGCUGUGUUGAACAGUCCCCUACAUCUUUUUCAUUGGGACUGUCUGUCUCUAUUCAUCUAGUCAGGACGGGACGCCGUUCAUUUCGAGCCUUGUUUGUAGGAACCCUGGACAAAAUAAGAUGAACCAGAAUCUGCUGUUAAUUGGACCAUAGAAAAUAUUGGUGCUUUUUUAAACUACCUGUGAGAAACCAGCCUUUAAUUUGUGUGAGAUUCUGGGUGUUUGUCUCGUGUAUUGAACUGCCUGGACAAGUGAUGCAGUCUUUCAAUUCCAUGACAUCAGCAGAAACAGGUUUGUUUGACUUGUUGGUUUGCGACUAUUUGGAAUUGGAUUAGAUUAGUCAGAAGUAUUGUCCUGUCAUGAACUGAUGACCUACUUAGUUCUAUCAGCAUUGACAUAACACUUAUUUAGGGGAUUGUAUUCACAGGGGCUGUAAUAAUGCAAACAAUAUUGCUUGGCUUUUGAUCUUGUUUAAGUCUCUCUGUGUAUAGCUGAGACCUAUUUUUCUUCCCCCUCUGUCUCUCUUCAUCUCUCUCUUUCUCCUUGUCUCCCUUCAAUACAUAUAUACAGUACAUUCAUACAUACAUACAUUAAUACGUGUCAGAUUAUUUAACCCUUGUGCUGCCUUCGGGUCACAUGACACAAAGGUUCACAUUGUUGUGUUUACCCAAUUUUACCCAAUACAAAUAAAAAGCAUUUUCUUUUAACCUUCGCGAUGUGAGGGGUCUGAGACAGCCCGACGGUUAAAAGAAAAUGCUUCACUUUGUUUUUGACCUGAAGAUAACACAAGGGUUAAAGUAAUCUGUUUACUUGUAAUGUUGCUGACUUUCACUCUUAAUCUGUGUGCGCUUGAUUCAGUUAUCUGCCUCCUCUGUGUGUGUGUGCGCGUGUGUGUGUGUGUGUUGACUGCCCGGGCAGCAGCUACACGUAACUGUACAGAGAAUGAUCUUCCGUGUUCCAAGGUUUUCAGCUUUUUAUAGCUGAUGCAAAUGUUCCUUUUUGAAACCCCUGCUCUGAUUGUAUUGAGCUCCCAGUUGGUUAAGAGACACUACUGUGACACAGUAUGUGUGUGUGUGCUUGUGAGUGUGUAUUAAUUUGUGUGUGUAUGUGUCUUCCAGUCUACGCUGCAUUCAGGAGCCUGUGUCCUCCUGAGGCUACUGUCCUGGGUGUGGCAUAUACAGCGUCUGCAUCUGUGUAGAUUUAUGAUCCAUCUCUGACUCAUACCCCAGGAGAGAUGGGAUCAAUGAAAAGAUUCCCUCCAGAGCAGACGAGAGAAUGAGUCAAGCCCACACAUGCUCCGAAUGUCGCUGCCGUGCAUUGCAUGUAAAUCCAUGUAAUCACAUCUUCGAUGUCUACAUGGUACUGCUGAAGAUGCAAACUUCAACUGUCCUACCUACUGUGACCAACCACACGACAGUGUUCUCCAACGUCACCUUCACCACCAAGUCCCAAGAACAAAUCCUCACCCAGAGCUCUGGGGCCAUGAUUGCUGUCAUCGUCAUAGGAAUCAUCAUAAUUCUCGCCAUUCUACUUUUCAUCCUGAAGACCUACAACAGGCGGACUCAUGCUGCCAGAGUAAUGGGUGGAAGCUCCAAGCCCCGGCAGAAAAAGAUGUCCUCUUCCACUGUCCAGACCAGCAUGGCCAACGGCAACCUGAGAGUUGGUUCCGCCAUGCGCGACAUCGCUCUCGCUAACCGCGCCACAGAAAAUGCUUUCCGUAUUCCUCGGGUCGACCUUUACAGCAUGGACACCCACAACAUGGAAAACCAAGGCAGCACAGACAGUGUCAACAAUUCAGAGCAGGUCAGCACGAUCAGCAGCUCCACUGUGAUCACCAUACACGACAUCCCUUCGCUGGGAAACACAUAGCGGCCCGGCCGAGGACUAGCCAGGGAACAGGAUAUCUACGACGGCAACUUCACGCUGGGAAACAAAAGACAACAUGAACAAAACAGUGUCGUCAGAAGACAAGGAGGCAAUGAGAGACGUUAUAUCCAAGCAGAGAUGGAUGGAUUCUCUCUGUAAACGUACACUAUUGUUCUGUUGAUCAUAGUGUUGGGAUCAUGAAAGCCUGUGUAUGCGUGUCAACUGUGCCAACUACCAGCAGCUCUGCAAAUUUGCCAGUGAUGGGGAAGUGUGUGUGUCGUUGCGUGUGAGUGUGUGUCUGUGUGUGUGGUUGUGUGUGGUUGAGAAUGGCCCAAGGGCCCCAAGACCAACGUUUAAUAAAAAUGUAUAUUUUUUAAAUGUUAAACAUCAGUGUUUAAGACCAUGAUAUACUCUGUAAAUGUGUGUUCUUAACCCUGUGGAUCUUAUCUGCAGAUACUGUAAUUAUGAUUAAAUUAAACCUGUUGAAUUUGAUAUCAAAGGAUUUUGCACUUUGCACACACCUUGUUCUGUAUUUGUUAUGUUUUGUGGUUCUUUCAUUGCAACUAAUAUUGACAAAUAAACGUUAUAAUUUGUAGCUA